AUGACCGCGCUCGUCGACGAACGGCUUACUCCUGCUGAGGCAAAUGCUAGCUUACACAGCCGAAGCCUCCAGGAUAAGGACGCUUUGGAGAUUCCUAGGGAUGUUACGAUUUCAGAGAGGCGCAGUUGGUCUACGCGAUCCUCGAGGAGCAAGCCUAUCGCCUCUUCACUGCCCCGCGUGCUCAUUGCUGCUACCGCUUCCUUAGCUGCUGUAUACCUGGUCCUUCGUUGCUUCCAGGGGCUCGCAGUGAGCUAUCGACAGAAUGAGGCGAACAGGGGGCUGGCAGCAGCCGGUCACGGUGCUGGAGGGCAAUGCUCUGGAGAUGACAGCGGGGAUGAUGACUUGUCGGGUCUGUUCGACAAAGAGUUAGAGGGAGAAACGGCCGAAGACUGGAUAUCUGAAGGUGAAGAAAAUAUUGAAUUUUAUGAGGAGGAGACAGAGCUUCGUGAAGGACGUGGCUUCACUGCGGGAUGGGAGGAUAGAAAUAUGCCUGCUAGAGCGCAGCGAAUAUUUUCUCACUAUUUAGAUCGAAUCGAGGUAAUGUCAAGACUAUGUAUGGGUCUUUUGAAGUUAAUGCCAUCUGAACUGUAUCAAUCAUUAGCAUACCGGAUGGGGAAGAUCCUCGCGACGCAACUGGGAAUACUCUCUUUGAACCCUCCUUCUUUGGAGAAUGAGAGAGCACGGGCUGGUGAGGCCCUGUUGACGAUGCUAGCAUCAGCCCAGUAUUUGCAUAACCGGACGCAGGAGGGGCUGCGCAUCUCACGUAUGAUCAAGAGCCUUUCCGAUCUUGUAGCUGUGAUCAAGGAGCCUAGAUUAGACACUAUGCGUAUAUCCGCAAACCACCACCAAAAAAGGGUUACCGGGGUCUUCAGCCUCGUGAAAGCUAUCAACGGCUAUCUCAUGGGGGUCACCUCGGUCCUGCGUCGUCCUGCUAUCUACCCUGAGGAAACGAUACCCACCGAAGAGAUAGAAAGGCAAAUGCGUCUGCUUGAUACUCUGUUUGAAAUGCAGCGCGAUCGUAUCCUGGGUGACCCUACGACGCAUUGGUUUCUCCUGGUUUCUCAGGCGAAAGCCUCGCAGUUUUUGCUUUUCACCCGAGCGAUGUCACGUGCAGCAAAGGAUGUAAAAAUCGCCCCCAUACAUGCAUUCGAACAAGCAUUAAAUAAGGCCGUGCAAGAUGCAGGCGGUGUCCCUUAUCUCCCCUUGAUCAAGCAGACCCAACAAGAAAGCUCACGCAAACAGCGCGAACAAACAAAAGACAGCAGCCGUUCAUCUCCGGCGGAAGAUGCUGCUGCUGUUGCUGCCAGAUCUUCUCUUAGGGCCACUGCUCCUGUCUUUCAGCCGCGGCAGAGUACCCUCAUGUCCUCAUCAGCUCCCCUCACAACCUGGCCAAAAGCUGCGGAAGGUAUCAGCCCAGGUCCUUCUCUGCAAUCUGCUUUCCUCAGCCGCACCGAGAGCGGCCCCAAGCCCUCAUCAACGCCUUAUGAGGACCUUGGCGCCCGCCCAAAGUAUCCUGCUUCAAUACCCUGGUCUACACACAUCCCUGAGGAAGAAUCAGAAUACCUGCAACGACCUCCAUACCCAACGGAUUGGGACCCCCAGGGAUACCAGCGAACCCGUGAAGAGUUUCAGGGGGAUGCUGAUAUCUUUUCAAGAAAGCAGGCGAUAUGGACGUCAUCCUUUCAAGAAGAGUAUACAGGCGGCGAAGAGGGGUGGGAGUUUCCUACCGAUCACGACGAAGAUUCGUCUGGAGGGGAGGCAACCGCUACGACGCCUCCUUUAGAUGCCCCGGAGAGCUUUCAGGGUCAGCAGGGGUCACAGACAUGGCAAGCGCAACGGUACACCGAAGAAGAGGAAUAUUUGACUGGUUGGCAACGUGUGAAGAGUGGACCCCAUUCCUGGCGGCGGCAGAGGCGAACACGUCACUCUCCAGAUCUUGUUUCAGAGAAGGUUGAGUCUGUGCCUGAGUUGCCACGUGGUGAUGCUCCCUCAGAAGCAGGAGAUGCUUCAUGGGAGAAAGCAGCAAGCACUGGGUUUGCUUCUCCUCGACUGCCGAGUGACCCUAGUGAAUACGGCGAUGUGUGGACGCCCUUGCCGAGGAAAGAAACCCCGUCACGCCCCCCAGCACCUCCAGGUUUUGAACACUAUUAUUCUUCUACGGCGAAGAAACCAGCAGCAGAUGCUCCUUUGCAAGCACCACGUGAACCUGAACACCAUGCUGCAGGUAGGGAAAGCUGGACCCUUCGAACCACCGCAACAGGCACAGCGUCAUCCUCUGGCCCUUUGCCCUCCCCCGGAAUGCUUUCCGGUGAAGCUGGCCGUCCACCGCGCUCCUUUCUAUCACCUCACUCCCACCCAACGGGCUUCACUUCUGGCUUGUUCCCCCCAGCAUCGCCAGGCGUUCUUUCGGACGCAUCCCGCGGGACAGCAGGACUUGCUGGUGUUCAGCCCCAUCCUUCCUUCGGCGAUAGUACAGGCAGUCCGUGGACGGUGCCAACGGAGGAAGCUGCUGGCUGGCAUCACAGACAACCUUGGAGUAGCGGGGGACAACUUCCUGGCUCGGAGGAGGAAGAGGAGAGUGCGCAAGUCGAGGAAGGAAUCGCUGAAAUGUGGAAAAAUAUAAAUAUUUGGGAUGACGAGUCUUCGGAUGAAAGCUGA